AUGAUGCAUUAUAUGAAUUAUGUAGUUGGAAAGAAUCAAUGUCGGGAAAGUAAUAAUUUUUGGUUUUGGUACAUUGAUAAUUUGGUGGCUGGAAAUUUUGAAGAACUCAAUGAUAAUCUAAUCAAGCGAAACCAGCUAUGCAGUUUUUUGGCUCACUAUUUCGGAGGGAAGCAGACCACAAAAUUGCAACGCAGGCUUUUGCUAGUGACUUCCCCCUACGGUCUUCGAAACGGUAGUUUGGAUGAACAUUUGAGCAAGAAGUUGCUUUCGAGCACAUUCGGUACCAGCAUCGAUGAGUUUUUAACAUUUCAUGGGCACAAUGGUUGGCUGACAAUUUUCCCCAUUUCCAACUCGGAUGAGAAGCUAUACGAGUUUUACAAACAGGAUCUGUAUUGCAUGGGGUAUCUUAUGGAGGAAUGUGAACGGGGAAUAAUUUCUACGCCGGAAUUUGGCUGGCUUUCUAAAACUGAGAAUGCAGAAGAAGAAGAUUGCUCGGAUUACGAGGAUGAACUCGAGGGACUUACAAUUAAUUUUGCAAAACAAUUCAAGCAAAACAUAUGUGAGAAUGCCUUUGCGGUGAACCCAAUACUUAGAACUUUAACCGAUACUUCAGAUACGUUAUCAUUAAAGAGUUUUGAGAGUUACGAAGACAGUUUUGAAAUCGGUUACUGUCAUGAGGAGCGGGACUGCAGUUGUAGAGCCCUCAGACAUUAUCCUCUACAUCGCGUUCAAGCUAGAGUGAACCAUGUGGAUAAUUAUAACAGAGACCUUACAAUAAACGUUGUUUCUCUGUUGGGUAAAGAUGACGCAUCGGGGAAGCUCUGGCAUGCGGUGAGGCAACUACAGGAUGACGACUGGGUUAUCUAUGAUGCUGAUUUUUCGCUGAAUAAUUUGGAGAACUGUAAGUUAGAAGACAUUCUCUUAAACAGUGACGGUGCCUGUCAGACCAUGGUGAUCUUGUGCAAUCUCCAGUAA